AUGACAAGUGAAAGACGAAUCUUUGAUGCAUUUAGAGAUGCUAUAUUGCAGCGAGGUUCUAUUGAAAGCUUUGCACUCAAGACUGUUCAAGAGUUUAUACAACCUCAGAAACAAACAAAGUUGGUUCAAGAUGAAAACCAAAUGCUUGAAAAUAUGCUCCGGACAUUGCUGCAAGAGCUAGUGGCUUCUGCAGCACAAUCAGGAGAGCAAAUAAUGCAGUAUGGUCAGUUGAUUGAUGAUGAUGAUGAAAAUAGACAUGGCCAGAUUCCUCAUCUUUUAGAUGUUGUGCUUUAUCUUUGUGAGAAAGAGCAUGUAGAAGGUGGCAUGAUAUUCCAGCUGCUGGAAGAUUUGACGGAAAUGUCUACUAUGAAAAACUGUAAAGAUGUUUUUGGCUAUAUUGAAAGGAAACAAGAUAUAUUGGGCAAGCAAGAGCUUUUUGCACGCGGAAAACUUGUAAUGUUGAGGACUUGCAACCAACUUCUCCGGCGACUCUCAAAGGCCAAUGAUGUGGUAUUCUGUGGAAGAAUUCUCAUGUUCUUGGCUCACUUUUUUCCGUUAUCUGAGCGCUCAGCCGUGAAUAUAAAAGGAGUCUUUAAUACAUCCAAUGAAACCAAAUAUGAAAAAGAUCCUCCAAGUGGCAUUUCUGUAGAUUUCAACUUCUAUAAGACAUUUUGGAGUUUACAGGAGUAUUUCUGUAAUCCCGCUUCUCUUACUUCCGCAUCUACCAAGUGGCAGAAGUUUUCAUCUAGUUUGGCGGUUGUAUUAAACACCUUUGACGCACAACCACUAAGCGAAGAAGAGGGAGAGGCUAAUAGUUUGGAGGAAGAGGCAGCAACUUUUAACAUAAAAUACCUAACAAGUAGUAAAUUAAUGGGUUUAGAGUUGAAGGAUUCGAGUUUUCGACGACAUAUUCUUCUCCAGUGCCUCAUUCUGUUUGAUUAUCUGAGGGCACCAGGGAAGAACGACAAAGAUCUGCCAUCUGAAACCAUGAAGGAAGAACUUAAGUCAUGUGAGGAUCGCGUGAAGAAAUUGCUUGAGAUCACUCCGCCUAAAGGGAAAGAAUUCCUCCAUGCAGUUGAGCAUAUACUGCAGCGUGAAAAGAAUUGGGUCUGGUGGAAACGUGAUGGAUGCCCACCAUUUGAAAAGCAACCGAUAGAGAAGAAAUCACCUAAUGCAGGACAAAAGAAACGGAGGCAAAGAUGGAGAUUGGGCAACAAAGAACUCUCCCAACUUUGGAGAUGGGCCGAUCAAAAUCCGAAUGCUUUGACUGAUUCUCAACGUGUACGAACCCCUGACAUUGCAGACUACUGGAAACCAUUAGCAGAAGAUAUGGACCCAUCAGCAGGCAUAGAAGAUGAGUACCAUCACAAAAACAAUAGAGUUUACUGCUGGAAAGGUCUUCGGUUUACAGCUCGGCAAGACCUGGAAGGAUUUUCUAGGUUUACUGAUCAUGGAAUCGAAGGAGUUGUCCCUGUUGAACUAUUGCCACCUGAGAUCCGGUCCAAAUACCAAGCUAAACCGAAUGAGAAAGCGAAACGUGCUAAGAAAGAAGAAACCAAAACCAAAGGUGGACCUCAGGAAGCAGAGGGAAACCAGAUUGGUGUUUCUAAUAGUGAAGCUGAAGCUGAAGGAGGAAGAGGCGAAGCAGAGGCGAUGGAGAGUGAUGCUAUUGCAGACACUCCUACACCUGAGGAACAGCAAAGACAAGGUGGUGGUUCUGACACGGAUAACGGUCAAGAGGCUGGUCAAAUCGAUGAUGCAGAGACAGAAGAAGCUGGUUUGAUGGAGGCUGAUCUUGAUCAUCCUUCUAUAGUUGUGUAA